AUAAAAGGUUUUCUUCUUGUUUUAUAGUAUGUAACAGUUCAAACAAUAAAAUAAAAAACCCUAUAAUAAAAUUAUAACAACAAUUACUAUUCUUGCAUACUUUUGUUGUACACGCACAUAUCAAAUACCAAACACAACCCAUGGUGUCAUUGUUUUUCUUAGAAACUUGAAAUGAGCAUUCAAAUCAAAACCCCAGUUGCAGAUUUUUUUUUCUUCUUUGUUAUAUUGUCCUUCAGGCUUGGUCAUUGCCGCCGAACAACUGACACAAUCUGCCAAGGAGAUUCAAUAAGGGAUGAUGGAAGAGAAACUCUGAUAUCUCCAGACAAGACUUUUGAACUGGGGUUUUUCAGCCCUAGAAAUUCUACAUUGAGAUAUGUGGGCAUCUGGUAUCACAAUAUGGAGGAUACAGUGGUGUGGGUAGCAAAUAGAGAUGCUCCAAUCUCUGAUGGAAGUGGUGUUUUGAGGAUGGGACAUGAAGGCAAUUUAGAGGUUUUAGAUGGUAAUAACCGCACAGUUUGGACUUCAGACACAGUUUGGACUUCAAACAGUGUUUCUCCUGCAUCAAAAAACUUAGCAGCAGCUCUCUUAGAUACAGGGAAUUUUGCUCUGUCAGAUAGUUACAAACGGUUAAGCAAAUCAUGCUAUUUUAUUUAUCAUGACAAUAUUAGUAACUAUUAUUGGCAGAGCUUUGAUUAUCCUUCUGAUACAUAUCUCCCCGGCAUGAGAGUUGGGGCGCGUACUGACGGGGGAGAGAAGCUCGUCUUUACUUCAUGGAAAUCUGCAAAUGAUCCCUCGCCAGGAAACUUCGGAAUGGGAAUUGAUACUUUUGGAGCACCUCAGAUUGUGAUUUGGAAUCAAACCAGAAGGAUUUGGAGAAGUGGGUAUUGGAACGGAUUGACAUUUACUGGUUCCCCCAAUACAUCGGUUAGUAUUCUAUAUGGUUUCCGCUUCUUUCCCCCUGAUGAAUCGGGGAUCAUUUUUUUGACUUAUGCUCCAUCAAGCGCUUCUGUGAGGAGGAGGUUUCGAAUAAGGUGGGAUGGGAAAGGAGAGCAGUUAAAGUGGGAUGAUGACAUCGAGAAUUGGACUGUGCUGCAAUCAGAGCCUGUCAAUGAUGGUGAAUUUUACAACUUUUGUGGGAAUUCUGGGGUCUAUGAUGUCUCCAACUCUACUAAGUGCAGCUGCCUACCAUGGUUUGAACCCAAUAAUGCGGAGGAAUGGAACAGAGGAAUUUGGACAAACGGAUGUGCUAGGAGAACAAAACUGCAGUGCAGUAGAACAAAUAGCAGCAGUGAAGUAGGGAAGGUGGAUAUGUUUUUGAAAAUGAAGAUGAUGAAACUUCCGGAUAGCCCAUAUUUCUUUAACAAACAGUCGUUGAAGUCCGAAGAUGAAUGCAGAUCAUGGUGCCUGAACAACUGUUUCUGUUUUGCUUACGCAUAUGAUGAAUUUAUAGGAUGUAUGUCAUGGAGGAAUGAAAACUUGACUGACAUUGCGAUGUUCUCGAGUGGUGGGAAAGAUCUUUACAUUAAACUGGCACACUCAGCAUUUGAUACAAAGGAAAAGGUAACACUAAUAAUCAUAAUAACAAUUGCAAUCAUAAUAGCAGCUGCAAUCAUAGGAAUAAUUUACAUCUUCUGCUCAUUGUUCUUAAGGAGGCAUAUCGAUAAAAGAGCAAGGAAUGAGAACAAGGAAGAAAUAUUGUUGUUUGAUAGAGGAAAAACCAGCAUAAGCGAGGUUAAACUUCAAGAGGGAACAUUGCAAAAUGGACGGCAAAUAGCAAUAAAGAGACUGUCAAGGACAUCAACGCAGGGGGUAGACGAAUUUAAGAAUGAAGUGUUGGUCAUCUCCAAUCUUCAACACCGAAAUCUUGUAAAACUCCUAGGCUGUUGUGUUGAGGCAGAAGAGAAGAUUUUGGUCUACGAGUACAUGCCAAACAGCAGCUUGGACAAACAUUUGUUUGACUUUGGAUUGGCUAGGAUUUUUGGAGACAAUGAAUAUCAAGCCAAUACUACAAGGGUUGUUGGAACAUAUGGCUAUAUGCCCCCUGAAUAUGCAAUGGAAGGACUAUUUUCAGAGAAAUCUGAUGUAUUCAGUUAUGGUGUUUUAUUGCUAGAGAUUGUUAGUGGGAGAAGAAACUCUAGUUUUUACAAUGAUGAACAUUUAAGCCUUGUGGGAUAUGCUUGGAAACUGUGGAAUGAAGGCAACAUUUUGGCUUUGGUUGAUAACUUGGUCUGUGAUCCAUCCCAUCAUGAACAGGUUCUAAGGUGCAUACACGUGGGAUUACUGUGCGUGCAAGAAUUUGCGAAAGAUAGACCUAACAUGUCCACAGUCAUUUCAAUGCUUAACAGUGAAAUUGUGGAUCUUCCUCCUCCUAAACAACCUGCUUUUACUCUAAGACAGAAUAAUGCAUCCCCUGCUCAGCAUGAUCAACAGAGAUGCUCUGUAAACAAUAAGGAUGUUGUUUGGUCAUCAAAUGUCACAAACUCGGCAGUUAAUAAUACAAGUCAACUUCAAGAUAAUGGAAACCUUGUCUUGCUGGAUAAUGCCACUGGGGCAAUCAUAUGGCAGAGUUUCCAACAUCCGUCUGAUCUCGGCAUGCCAACUAUGAGAAUUAGUAUCAACGAGAAAACCGGUAAGGUAGUCCAACUAACAUCAUGGAAAAGCCCUUCAAAUCCUUCUAUUGGUGAAGCACCAUUACGAUUCCUAUAUUAUAUCCCUCCAGAUCUUGAUGGGCUUUUCGGGUCCGAUCAGAAGGAAGGAACCAAAUAUCUGGCUUUGAAUUGUAACGGUCCCUAUUUAGUAGAUUUUCCCCUGGAUUCAUACGGGGCACUGAUAAUUGACGGUUGGAAUGGUAACUUGAACAAAUGGGACAUUUUGUGGUCGACCAAGAUGAAUGUGAUUCUUACAACAAGUUGUGGGCCAUUUGGAAGCUGUGAUUAUCAUCAACCAAAAAUUUACCGCUGUUUGCCAGGGUUUGAACCCAACAACAAAGAGGAACGGAACAGAGGAAUUUGGACAAGUGGAUGUAUUAGGAGAACACCACUGCAGUGCAACAGAACAAAUAGUAGCAUUGAAGUGAAGGAGGAUAAGUUUCUAACGCUGAAUCUGAUGAAAAUGCCAGACUUCUUUUCUCGUUCGUCAGGAACACCCGAAUAUGAAUGCAAACAGCAGUGUCUUGAAACGUGUUUCUGUAUUGCAUAUGCAUAUCCUAGGGGUUUGAGCUGUUUGUUGUGGUUGAGGAAAAUGGAGAGUGAAAACUUGAUCGACAUUCGUAAGUUAUCCAGGAACGGUGCAGAUCUUCACAUUCGUCUGGCAUCCUCAGAACUUGCAACUGAUCUUAAAUUUCUUGUAGCAUAAUACUGUGAAGUUUAACACUUUGUGGUUAAAAAUUACAAAUUAUUAACUAAACCAAAGAUCAAAUUUCUUUGCAACAAGACUCGUCCUUCGACUGUUGGGAGAGUUACAUUGUUUAUAGAGCAUUAUUGUUGAUCAUGCUGAGAAUGGGACUAUACAUCAGGUGCAGUAUUCUGCUUUGGAGUGAAAACAGGUUGUUCUGGAGAAGGAAGAUCCACGAUUUCACUGUUAGGCAUUGAAAUGACUGU